AUGAGUUUCCUGUGGGACUGGAUUAGUGGUUCUGUGUCGAAAGUCCUCAGUUACUUAGGGCUUUGGCAAAAAAAUGGAAAGUUGGUCUUCCUUGGUCUUGAUAACGCUGGAAAGACUACACUACUUCACAGACUAAAAGAUGAUCGAAUGGCUCAACACGUACCGACGCUUCAUCCGACAUCUGAGGAACUAUCGAUCGGAGGAAUGAAGUUUACUACAUUUGACCUCGGUGGUCACGAGCAGGUGCGGCGAGUAUGGAAGAACUACAUUCCUGCAGUUGACGGCGUUGUUUUCAUGGUGGACGCAUGUGAUCGUGACAGGUUUCUUGAAUCAAAAAGGGAGUUAGACAAUCUCCUCCAAGAUGAGCAGAUUGCACAUGCACCAAUACUCAUCUUGGGGAAUAAAAUUGACAAGGCCGGGGCUGCCAGUGAGGACGAAUUGCGCUACUACCUCGGACUACAGGGUGUAACCACCGGAAAGGGUGUAAUUCCGAGGAACCAGGUUGUAUCUGGAAGACCAAUCGAGUUGUUCAUGUGCAGCAUAUUGAAGCGCCAGGGUUAUGGAGAAGCUUUCAAUUGGCUGGCGCAAUACUUAGACUGA